AUGGCAUCUGCUGUUGCUGCCCAGGCCGCUGGUCAUCGCCUUCCGACUAACGUUUUGCCUGUCCAUUAUGACUUGACGAUCGUUACUGACCUUCAUAAAUGCACGUUCGACGGAAUCGUUAAGAUCAGCUUGGACGUCAAGGAAGAGACGAAUAAGAUUGUGCUUAACACCAGGGACCUCAAGCUCACCCAGGUCACAGUGUAUUUGAACGACGCGGAUAUCGAGAUGAGACCGGUGGACAUGUCCUUCGAUAAGACCGCGGAGCUCGUCACCUUCUCAUUACCGGAGUCGCUCCCGAGGGGUUCCAAAGCCCAGCUCGAGAUUAUUUUUGAGGCCCAGCUCACAGAUAUCAUGCGAGGAUACUAUCGCUCCCGUGGAGGGACGGAUGACAAGGAAAUCUACAGUAUUACGCAGUUCGAGCCUAUUUCUGCGCGAAGAGCCUUCCCUUGCUGCGAUGAGCCCCUUCUGAAGGCGACGUUUGCGAUCCAGCUCGUUUCUCGCGCCGAUACAGUAAAUCUGAGCAACAUGCCCGUAAAAUCCGAAGUGAUCUACGAGCCCAGCUCCAAUAUUGUGCCAGAACAGGUGUCUGGGUGGCUUACGAGCAAAUUGUCUUCCCUCAUGAGCGGUGAGGCUGGCGCCGACAAAUGGAAGGUCACGCAAUUCGAGGCUACCCCAAAGGUCUCCACGUAUCUCAUUGCCUAUGCGAACGGCCACUUCAAGCACCUCGAAGAUUCGUACACGAGUCCUCUCAGCGCAACGGAGGAGAUCAUCGAUAAGACAGCGUAUGCGCUUGAGGUCACGAAGAAGGUGCUGCCGUUGUACGAGAAGGUAUUCGAUAUCGAGUAUCCGCUGCCGAAGUUGGACACUCUAGUCGCUCACGACCUUGAUGCCGGCGCAAUGGAAAAUUGGGGUUUGAUCACUGGGCGGAAGACGUCUUACUUGCUUGAUCCUAAAUCGGGCAACCUACAAGUCAAGAAGCGGAUCGCGGCUGAUCAGUGCCAUGAGAUCGCUCAUAUGUGGUUCGGAAAUAUCACCACCAUGGCGUGGUGGGAUAACUUGUAUCUCAACGAAGGAUUUGCCACUCUUAUGGGUGAAGUCGUCAUUCCUAGUCAGUCGGCCCUAGCAAGUAAGCUGCUAUUUCCCGAGUGGAAACUCCCAUCGGCUUUCAUCGCGGAGCACAUAACGGCUGCGAUGGCCAUCGAUUCCAAAUUGUCUUCUCAUCCCAUCGAAGUCGACUGUCCAGAUGCCAAUAUGGUCGGCCAGAUAUUUGACAGGCUCUCGUACUCCAAGGCCGCUUCUGUGCUUCGAAUGCUGUCAGACUAUGUCGGUGAGGAGCGCUUCCUCAAGGGAGUGUCCAUCUACCUGAAGAAGCACCUGUUCGCGAACAGUGUCACUACGGACCUCUGGGAGGGUAUCAGCGAAGCAACUGGUCUCGACAUCCCGAAGGUGAUGGAUGACUGGAUCAAGACGAAAGGAUUUCCUGUGCUUACAGUCAAGGAGAUUGUUGGUGGCAUUCUUGUUCGCCAGGAUCGCUUCCUUGAGACAGGUCCUGCAGAACAUCAAGAGAAUGGGACCAUAUGGCACUUCACCAGGACUGUCCCUCUGAGCAUUCUGACCGUGUCUGAGGAGCGAGAAGUUAAGGUGGACAAGGCUGCGAUCCUGGACGAACGAGAGAAGAUGAUCGCUCUCGACGUAACGCGAACGUUCAAGCUGAAUGCAGGGACUGUUAGCUUCUGCCGCAUAUUGUAUACUCCUGAGCGGUUGGUCAAGAUUGGGAGGGAGGCCGGCAAGACGGUGUCGAUGUUCUCAAUCGAGGACCGCAUGGGCCUGGUGGACGACGCCUUUGCUCUUGCAAAGGCUGGUUAUUCCACCGUAGGUGGUGCGCUGUCCCUCGUGGAGAAUCUUCGCAACGAGCAGGAAUAUAUGGUAUGGCAGAUCAUUGCGGAGGGCCUCGCGCAGCUUCGUUCGGUUUGGUGGGAACAUGAGGACGUUGUGGAGAACAUCCAGCGGAUCUGUCGCGAACUCUUCGGACCCAUCGUUGAGCGUGUCGGCUUCGAAUAUUCCGACAACGACUCUGCGGACACUCGAGAAUUACGCACGCUGGCAAUAACACAUGCAGCAGAUGCCGAACACCCUGCUGUGGUAAAGGAAUUGAAGGAACGCUUUGCGCAUUACUUGAAGACAGGAGACGACUCAAGCAUCCCGUCCGAGCUCGAACGGGCGAUAUUCACCACGGCGGUGUACCACGGCGGCCGAGCGGAGUGGGAGGCCGUCAAACGGAUCGCAGCUAAGCCGAAGGACCCGUCGACCGGAACUGCUGCGAACCUUUCUUUGGGUAAUUCGCAAGACUUGAAGCUCAUUCGGGAGACGUUUGAGUAUGUUAUGAAGGAGGCAAGGGACCAGGAUGUCGAUCGGUUUGUUCAGGGGAUGGCUGCAAACCCGAAGGCGAGGAGGUACCUCGUGACGGCGUUCAAGGAGAAUUAUGAUGCGAUGUAUAAACGACUGGAGGGGAAUUUUGCAUGGCAGUUUUUGGUGCCGAUGCCGUUCACCAAGCUAUCCUCAGAGAAAGAUUACCAAGAUACCAAAGAAUUCUUCACGAACGUCAAUACGAGCAAAUAUGAGAUGGCGGCGCAGCAAACCGUGGAAGAGAUCAAGAUAAGGGCUGCGUGGGUCAAGGAGACAGGCCCUGCGGCCACUUUUCUUACAGUAUCCAAUCCGAACGAAAAUGAAUCUGCGCUCCUGUGCGCUCCUCUCGCUGAAGUGCCACUCUCCGAAUAUUCGAACAUUACUGAGACGUUCUUCUCGUCCACGCGUACCGUAGUUGUUUGCAAGCCCUCCUCCAUGUCUAUCCGCCGCCUGGCGUCAAAUAUGCCAGCACUGCAGGGCAAGGUUGAACUCCCUCCAAUUCCCUCGUUCUCGCCCGCAUCGGGACGUUCGCGCACCCCUAGUUCUGGUUCUGGCGUUCUUGCUACCACGCUUCCGCCAUCUCCUUUCUCCUUCAGGCGGCCCUCUCUAGUGUGGUCAGGGAAAGAGAAAAAUAGCACGUCACCUGUCACACCUGCAGACCAGAUAAUGCCCCGCAUCCCGCUCGCCCCUCCGGAACUAGCACGGUCGCAAACACAUAAGGCUCGGAGAGUGUCUCGUCUGCGCUCGAUGUCUCGGUCAUCAUCUCUCCAGAUGUCUCCACUGGCCUCUCCUUGCCUGCCCUUCACCCCGCUUCAUUGCGAGGCGCGCUCUGGCCGAAACUCUGAAUUAGGCAACAGUACUGGGAAGACUGCCUUAGAGCUCGAGACGUAUGCUUCCGAUGAUGUACCUGUAAAGAUUUGGGAAAGCGCCGGGGCCCAAAAACAUAAGUCAAUCAAGUCGGAAGUUCUGAAGAAAGUCCGAGAAGGACGAAGGUUCUCGCUGCGCGCACCCGUAUCCGCAAGCUGCCCCAACUCCUUGGCCCGUCCGCAGGCUUCGCGUGUCUCUCUUCCUCGUCGGCUCUCAUAUAACAUGUAUCCUAGCAUAAGCAACGCUGCGGCGAAAAGCCCUCUGAAAGCCGAAGUACGCUUGGCAUCCCCUGCGAUCAUACGCUCUGUUCUCCUGUCUUCGAUGAAAAACAAAGAAGGUGUCGCGUUGGGUAGCCCGGGAGGCACGCUUGGGACACCUAUGUGCUCGCCUACGAUGGUGAUGGAUGCGGCCGCGGGAUAUUUCGCUGUAUAA